UAACUGUCCUUACUCCAUCGUAAAUUGCAGCUGCACAGCAACCUGCUUUGUUGGCAAUCUGCUAUUUGUUUAGGCAAUUGCCUAAAUAUCGGUCUUUUAGAUAAAAUAUAAGCAUCUCGUUAGAAAAUACAACUUACUGGAUUUCUAUUUGACGCCCUUUUACGUGCAUUUCAAACGCAUAUUCUUUAUAGGAAAAACGUACGGUUUCUCGCGUGAACUACGUAAAGCAGCUUUUGACUCUGCACAGUAAAAAUUUGGUAAGAAAGGAGUUAGAAUGGACUUUGAAGAUUUACCCAGUACAUCAGUACAUGAUAAGUACUUGCGGACGCUUGCAUUUUUCUAUGCUGCAUGACAGAGUUCUUGGGCGGAAAAACUGUUUGUACAGCCUUCUGCAGGUUUACCGGUGAUUUCUGCGGAUCGGUUUCCUCCCGUGCAGGUUGGGAGUCUCUGGAGUAUAUAUAUCUUUUGUACAACAUUCAGAAAUUCGCGGUCUGUGUUUGAUGUCACCUGUGUGUUACGAGAUGCACCCUACCCAGGCUCAGGCCUCGUAGACUUGUGAAUAAGUAGACACUAGUAUUCAGAUGCGAGGAGAGGCCAUUUUGGGUUGAAAGGAGUGCAUGAUAUGGCUGCUCAAGGUCUUCAUUCGUAUCCUGCUUCUGAGCCCAGUGCUCCUCCGUAUCCACCAGUCCAAUCUCAGCAAGGUCCCUACCCACCGCCACCGCAUCAUUAUGGGUCUCCUCCACCUGUCUCUUUUGCAGGUCCUUAUGCAGCUCAUCCCAGUUAUGUUGUCUAUCAUGGUAGUUCUCCAAUGGUUGGUCACCAGACAGGUGUAUCAACACAGCCCCAGGCACAGUGGAUGCAAGCACCAACUCCUAUUCCUAACUGUCCACCAGGAUUGGAGUACCUUACAUUGAUCGAUCAGAUACUUGUUCAUCAGGUUACUGAGCUUAUUGAAGCCUUAGUAGGAUAUGAGACCAAAAACAAGUAUGAAGUAAAAAACGGCUUGGGGCAAAGAGUUUAUUACGCAGUUGAAGACAGCGAAUUUUGUAAUCGAAUAUGUUGUGGAUCUAAUAGGGCAUUUAUCAUAAAGAUUUUGGAUAACCUAGGACGAACCGUCAUGCACCUUGUGCGCCCUUUAGGAUGUGGAUCUUGUUGCUGCCCUUGUUGCUUACAUCAGAUGGAGGUUCAAGCACCACCAGGAAAAGCUAUUGGCUAUAUUGUCCAGGAAUGGCAUCCUUUUAUACCCAAAAUGAGUAUCCUGAAUGAAAGUCGUGAAACAGUAUUGAAAAUUAGAGGUCCUUGCUUGACAAUGAGUUGUUUUGGUGAUGUAAACUUUGAAGUUGUAAGCCGGGAUGAGGCCACUGUUGUUGGAAAGAUAUCGAAGCAAUGGUCGGGUCUUGUACGUGAAUACCUCACAGAUACUGAUAACUUUGGAAUUCAGUUUCCUAUGGAUUUGGAUGUUAAAAUUAAAGCUGUUCUCCUUGGAGCAUGCAUAUUUGUGGAUUUUAUGUACUUCGAGCAAAAUUCUGGAGCAGGACCUGGCGGAGUUUGGCAGAUGUGAGCCACAGAGUACUGGAAUUCAGUCAGAAGUAUUAUGAUGCAUCAGAAAAGGUUAAAAAUGAUCUGCACAGAGAGUGUUGAUGUUCAGUUAUGUGCCUAACUUCAGCAUGGAUCCACAGGAAUGAAAAGGAUUCACUGGUGUUCCUCUGAAAGCUUGCAGCUAUUCACCUUCAGUACAUUAUGAUUAAUAGAAUGGUAUGUUGUGUGUCAUUUUUGAAAUGUAGAUUAAUUUAAAAAUGUUUUACAUCACAAGUUUGUGAUUUAUCAAUGUAUUCUGUACUGCCUGUUAAGAUUAAAGAAAAUGUACAGUUACCAUAAUAGUAUUAUUUUGGGAGUUUCCUUGCAUUUGUCCUUUAUAAUGUUAUAAUUUCAGUAGAAAGCCAUCUAUUGUAGAUCACAAAGGAUUCUGACACUUUUGGUCACUGAUGUUCAGUGGGACCAGAUCCAAACUAAUUCAAAGCAUUACGUUGUGAAUGCUCUAUUUUCAUAUUCAGUUGUAGUUAGUAUGUCCAUUGGAAUCAUACCAUACUUUCAAAAUGUAGAGUUUUAGUAUCAAUGUUUGAUUUAAUUAAUUAUGUAAUACAUAACUUUUUAAUUUAAUGUUCUUGUGUUCUAGAUGCUACCCAAAUGUAUGGCAAGGAAUUAAAUCUGCAUUGUUCAAACAAUUGUGGCUGUGUUCCUUUCUAUAUCAUUUUAUAAACCAGGACUAAAGUGGGAUUUUAAUGCAUGAUUUUUAACUCUGUGGAUUGUUUUUUGAUUACGGCGAUAUUACAGACCCUGCAAAUGCUGCAGUGAGUUGGUUGUUCACUCAAACUGAAUGGUAGGGCUGAAAUAGAAGCCUAGUAGGAGGAGGGUAUUGGUAUCACUCAUCUGAGGAAUGGUGAUGGAGAAUAUGGGAGUCCUGCAAAUGCAGUUGGCUUAUGCAAAAGGACACCAAUCAAAGAGCAAAGAACAAUACAAUGCCAGCUCUAGGACAAUAGUGGGGACAGCUGGUAGAGUUGUAUGUACAUGGUGUCUAGAAUCCUCCAAUGGGACCCUUCAAAUGUCUUCUCCAUUUUGAGUAGUCUCAGAU